GACACUUGCGUCUUCUGGUCGACCGGCAGCGGCAAAACAAUGUGUUUCUGGGCGGUGGCCCUGAUCACGCAGAAGAUCGUGAUUGUCGUCAGUCCGCUGGUAGCCCUGAUGAAAGAUCACGUGCAGAAGUUCAACGAGAAAGCAGAGCUGACAGGUGCCACGUGUAGGGCCUGCUUCUUGGGUUCAGGCCACGAGGAUGAAGAGGAGCGAUUCCGCGUUGAAGAGGCUGCGCUCACAGGCAAGUACAGCCUUGUAUAUGUGACUCCGGAGAAGCUGAUCGGGAGCGACAUGCUGUACGACCUAAGGGGCCUGUACGAUCAAAAGAAGAUAGGGCUUCUCGCCAUCGAUGAGGCACACUGCAUCCUCGAUUGGGGCUGCGAAUUCAGGCCGGAAUAUAGAGAUCUGGGCUGGUUCCGCGACGAAUUCCCGAACGUUCCCAUCAUGGCGCUGACUUCGUUGGGGACGGCUGCGGUUCAGGACUGCGUCCAGAGCUCCCUGCGCUUGCAGUCGCCCAAGGUGUCGAGAGGACCCUGCUUCCGUGACAACCUGCAUCUCAAGCGCUCACUCGCGACUAACCUCCGCGCCGAUGUAGCACGGAUUGCAGAGCAGAUACAUGAUGCCAGUGGGCGCACGCUGAUCUAUGUACGAAAGCGGGACGAAGUCGACCAAGUGAGGGAGUUUUUGGAGGAAAUGCUGCCUACGCUCGAUUCGGACGGUGUCGGCGGGGUGAAGGUGGGCUCCUACCACGCCCGUAUUGCGUUGCGCAAACGGGACCUGUCUCACGAGGAGUUCUCCAGCAUGGGAGGAGGUCGUGUGAUGGUGGCCACGGUUGCCUAUGGCAUGGGCGUGCACUUCCCAGAUGUCCGGCGUGUUUACCAUCUGGGCUCACCAUGGACCGUUGAGGACUACUGGCAGCAGAUUGGUCGGGCAGGCCGCGAUGGCAAUCCAGCCUUAUGUGAGAUUAUGUCAGAUCCCAGCGACUUCUACGCCAAAGCGGCUUUCACACAAAGACAGGACUCCGAGGACUGGGAGGAAAGAUCCAAGAGGCAAAUGCGAAACAUUCUUCAUGGAUGUGGAUGCCGCUGGGCCGAGCUCCGGCGGUACCUCGGGGAGGAUCCGCC